AUGGGUCGCAAGAAGAUUCAGAUAAAACCUAUCAAAGACGAGAGAAAUCGUCAAGUAACUUUUUUGAAGCGCAAGUAUGGGCUAAUGAAGAAAGCUUACGAACUCAGUGUAUUGUGCGAUUGUGAAAUCGCAUUAAUUAUUUUUAAUUCAAACAAUAAGCUUGUUCAAUAUGCGAGCACGGAUAUUGACAAAAUCUUAUUAAAAUACACUGAGUACAGUGAACCUCAUGAAAGUAAAGGUAAUCAUGAUCGGUAUGGUAUUCUAUCUCCACAACAGACAUAUCCUCCAACGCAAGUAUCCGGACAGUCUGGUCCUUAUUCCCUUAAUAAUUAUCCAAUGUAUGCGCAAUCCCAACAUCAGCAAUUUAUGGUUCAACAGACCCAACAAUUUUACCCACAGGUUACCCAGGCAAUGCAUCAAUCUAUGACUUCCAU